AAGUCAUCGGGGGAGGAGCUGAGCAGGAGAUGGCAGCAGCUGACGGCUCUAUCAGAUGAGUCUCCGAGCCAGGGCCUGCAGACUGAAGCUACGGGGGAUAUUCGCCGCUGUCCCCGGUCUCUUUUAACCACAUUAAAGCCGGGAUACUCGGUCUGGAAUAAAGACUUCACUGACCUAGCUCAAACAUUCGUCCCUGGACUAUAUACCUUGGCAUAGCACCCCCUUCCUAGUCCAGGGACUCCUAAACUCUAGCUCGGGGUCUGGGCCUCGAACUCUGGGCCUCUUCCCCUGGGCUCGGCUUAAAAUAUUCCACGCAGUUCAUGCAACUUCCACAGCGACUUUAAAACUCCAGCACGGCGAUAGUGUCCCUGUCAGGCCGCGCAGACUGGCUGCUGUGUGGACCUCAAACGUGCUGCAUCUGCAGCUAUUGUGUGACGUAAUCUGCUUUUAAAUCCUAGUUGCAACAUAGCAACAUGUCAUUUGAGAUGGCUGAUGGAAAAACGGACAUAACAAAUGUUCCCUCCACAGGUUUUCUAUGGGAUUCAACUCAGGGGACUGGGAAGGCCAUGGCAGGACCUUAAUUUUGUGGGAGCUUUUCCAGCAGCCCUGAAGACAUGUCUGGAGCAGAAGAAGGUAAAGAGAAUUCAUCUGGUAUUGAAGUUGAGGCCUCAGAUUUGAGCUUGAGUCUCACUGUAGAUGAGACGGACACCAACAGAGCAGAAAGCAGGGACACCUGCUCUGAAAGUUCAGGAGAGGAGAAAGACUCGGACAGCAUGGAUGAUACAGGUCAUUAUUCCAUCAAUGAUGAAAACCGAGUCAAUGACCACUCUCAUUCUGAUGAGGAAGAAGAUGAUGAAGAAGAAGAGGGUGAGGAGAGAUUACGAAAACGAGCCCAACGUAAGAGAGCCAAUCGUGAUCAGGACUCUUCAGAUGAUGAGAGAGCUCUUGAAGACUGGGUAAAUUCUGAGAAGACACCACUUCCUCGUCCACCCUGGCGGGCCAUCCGUGCUUUAAGGCAGCGUGAGAUGGGCAGCAGCACCCGUUUUAUAUAUGAUGCCUGUGGAUCUAGAAGCUUUGUCCAGCGCUUUCAUCUCCUUCAUGGUCUUGAUGGUCAUAGUGGUUGUGUAAAUACACUACACUUCAACCAGCGAGGAACUUUGUUGGCCAGUGGAAGUGAUGAUCUUAAGGUUGUAGUGUGGGACUGGGUGAGACGCAAGCCAGUUUUGGAAUUUGAAAGUGGCCACAAGAGCAACGUCUUUCAGGCAAAAUUCCUUCCAAACAGUGGAGACUCCACUUUGGCUAUGUGUGCCAGGGAUGGGCAGGUGCGUGUGGCAGAGCUGUCCGCUACCCAGUGCUGUAAAAACACCAAGAGAGUCGCACAGCACAAAGGCGCAUCACACAAGCUGGCCUUAGAACCAGACUCUCCAUGCACUUUCCUUUCUGCUGGUGAGGAUGCAGUCGUGUUCACCAUUGACCUUCGGCAAGACCGGCCUGCCUCGAGGCUGGUGGUAACCAAGGAGAAAGAGAAAAAAGUUGGAUUGUAUACUAUCUAUGUGAAUCCAUCAAACACUUAUCAGUUUGCUGUGGGUGGAAGAGAUCAGUUUGUCAGGAUCUAUGACCAGCGUAAAAUCAAUGAAAAUGAAAAUAACGGAGUGCUGAAGAAAUUCUGCCCUCAUCACCUGGUCACAAGUGAAGCAAAAGCAAACAUUACCUGUCUUGUAUACAGCCAUGAUGGCACAGAGCUCCUUGCCAGCUACAAUGAUGAAGACAUAUAUCUCUUUAACUCUUCCCACAGUGACGGAGCAGAGUACAUCAAACGAUAUAAAGGGCAUCGAAAUAAUGCCACAGUGAAAGGAGUGAAUUUCUAUGGACCGAAGAGUGAGUUUGUAGUGAGCGGCAGUGACUGUGGACAUAUUUUCUUGUGGGAGAAAUCUUCCUGUCAGAUUGUACAAUUUAUGGAUGGGGACAAGGGAGGUGUGGUUAACUGCUUAGAGCCGCAUCCUCACCUCCCAGUUCUGGCAACUAGUGGUCUGGAUUAUGAUGUGAAAAUAUGGGUACCCACAGCUAAAGAGCCAACCGAGCUGGAUGGUCUUAAAGAGAUAAUAAAAAAGAACAAACGUGAAAGAGAUGAAGACAGUCUACAUCAUACAGACUUGUUUGACAACCACAUGCUUUGGUUUCUUAUGCACCAUCUUAGGCAAAGAGGGCACCGAAGGAGAAGAAGAGAGACUGGCUUGGGUGUGGGAGAUGCUGACUCUGAUGACUCACCAAGUUCUUCAGAGAGCUCCGAUGAUGAUGAGGAAGGUCCUGAUAGAGUCCAGUGCAUACCAUCAUGAGACCCUAUUACAUUUUCAACCAGGAUGAAACAAUACUCCCUACACACCUCCCUAGAGGGUUUGUGGGAGAGGGAUGCAGGAGUUCUGUACUAAUAAUGACAUUUUCAGCUUUUUAUUACAGUUAUAGAACAAUAGUUAAAAAAAAAUGCAAUUCCUUUUGUGCCCAUUUCUUUUGAUUUUUGGAAUGGGGCAUCCUGUGCUUGGCAUACAAUUGCACUUUGGAUUUAUCUGCUUUAGAGUGAAAAAUAAAUUCUCGGUCAUGAGUGUUUACACCUUAACGAAAAAAACUGAGGUUCUCGGCUCAGUCUGUGGUUCGGAAUAAGCCCUUUGAAGCAGCUGAGGACAUUCAGAUGAAAGCAUCAGUCAGCGAGGAACUGUAGAAAUUGGAAAAUUAAUGAACAUGGGGAAUGGAGAAUAAGCAUUAUUUUUGUAAGUAAAGAUUUCUCCAAGUUGCUACUUAAGAGAAGAACAGCCAUCUAAAACCAGCUUUGUACACUCAUUCAGUUCUUACUUGUUUUCUAUGCUUUAACUUCCUGGUUGUUGGACUUAAAUUACUACUGAAGGGUUAAUGUGUAUUUUGUUACCCACCCAUUAACUGCAUUGAGUGUCUUAAACCUAAUACUCUUCAUAUGUUUUGGGCUUCUGACCUACAUAGGAUUUCUGCUGCCUCCUUGAUUUGAAAAAUUUGAUUAUUAAUUUGUCCUCCAGAGUCUCUUGUAUAAUCUUUUAAGCUGAAAACACCAUUUGAAAUACAGUGAUCCCCUAUAGCCACAACUACUUUGUAGAUGUUUGAUUAAUAUGAUGCCUCAUCAACUAUGUUGGACUUGCUUUUGCUAUUUUAAAUUGUUGUCCCAAUUGCAGAUCCUAAAACCCUCUAAUGAAAAUGGGUUAAGCCUCUGGGUUGCUCAGUUGCAGGCACUAUGGGCCAUAAGGGAGAUAGUUAUAAGGAUGUCACUAUAAAGAAAAUAAUGGGUAUCCUUAAGUAAGUUUAACGUUGCCCAUCUGUUCUCGGCAUUUCCUUACUGACUUCUGGAACUGUGAACCAGUCUUUAACUAAGCCUCGACAAUGGCACCUAAUGAUGAUUUGCACAAAACCAUGUCAGUUUAAAAUCUAUUUGUAAGAAAAAAAAUCUAUUCUGGACUUGAGUUGAGGGUCAACUUUUUUUUCUGAUAUAGUCCACUUUCUACAUAUAAGUAACUUUCAGUUGCUUCUUGGAGCCAGUGUGAUCCCAUCUGUUUAAGUUUAUCCCAAACUUACUCACUUUAAAACUAUUUUAUGCCUUGCUAUAGUUCUAGAACUCCAUUAGUUGCCAAAUUCCAUGACCAUUUGUUUAUGCCCCUCAGGGCUCAGCAUUUCAUGGAUAUUGUACAGAGCAUGGUUGGUCUAUUAGUAUUAAGUUGUGAUUUUUCUCUUCUGUUAAUGAUAUUUGAUAUUGGUUGUUAUUUUGUUUCCUCCUUUAAUAUGGGGAUUAAGAUUUUAUAGGGUGUCUUGAUGCCAACAUCAAUAAACCCACGAAGGUUCCCCCCCCCCCAAAAAAAAAAAAACAGCAGUAGCCUAGCAUUUUCGGUUAAAUUAUUGAAAGUUGGCAGUGCAUAACAAAUUAAAAUCACACAGCAAAUAUCCAUCUCCUCCUGUUUAUUUGUCCUCUCUCCUACUUACCCAACUUAGUGCAAUUCUAUUUUUCUAUGUGCCCACUUCACCAAAAACCUUCAGGAGAUAAUGUUCCCUAGCAGGGUAUUGUAUAUAAUGCGGCUGUUUGCACUUUCUGCAUUUUUGUUCUACUGUUUCAUGAAACUUAUAUUUAAAAUAAAUAAUUAAAAAAACUCCAAAAAAUUUGCAUUUAUGGGGAAAAAAAUUAUAAACCAGACUUCAGGAUUUUGAGACAGUAAAAUUGCUUUGCUUUAUCACUGUUUUAUUAGUCUGAAUAUUGAGCUGGAUGUUUAUGAAGUUUAAAAAAUGUUAAGUUUAAACAAAUAAAUAUAUAUUAUAUAGAAAUAAAUGCAAUAAGAGACGUGAACAAAA